AUGGAGCUGCCUCAGCCGCCACAAGAUCAAGACCUUCGCAACAUAAUCGACAAACUUGCACAGUUUGUCGCAAGAAAUGGCCCGGAAUUCGAGAAGAUGACGAAAACGAAACAAAAAAACAACCCGAAGUUCAGUUUCCUGUACGGCGGCGAAUACUUUAACUACUACCAGUACAAAGUGACAACAGAGCAAGCAAUUCUAAAGCAAUCUGCCGGUGGCCAGGCGGCUAGUGCUCCGUCCGGGGCUUAUAUGGCACAGACAAGGCAAUAUGUAAUGCCCCAACAGGCUGGAGCGACGUCCGCCCAGCUAGGGUUAGCUGCGACGAUGGCGGCGGCCCCAGCUCUACAGCAAUGGCUCGCGGCGAACUCUGCACCACCACCACCGCAGCACUCCCGUGAGAUUGACAACGUGAAUGCUCAGAUCAACAUCUUAAAAGACCAAAUCACUCAAUCGGAGAACAAUUUAAAUGCUCAACAUAACGUGCUCAUACAACAGCAACAGACGAAAAUAAACGAAUUGGUAAGCAAGGCUCAGGUGGAGACAAUUCAAAUCAUGGCAGAGGACAAUAACAUCAGUCUUACAGAGUUGGACAGCAUUUUGCAACCAAUUAUAGAGUCAUGUACUAAGGACAGUAUAUCUGCAGGAAAAGGAUGGAUUUUGCAACAUGCAACAACUCCUGAUGCAGGCAAAGUGAUCUCUCAACACCUACUGCGGAAGGUGACACAGCCAGGGGCGGCGUUUACGCAAAAGCUACACAUAAUAUACCUUGUCAACGAUGUCCUUCACCACUGUGCACGCAAAAACGCAGAAGAUCUCAAGAAAAAUUUGGAAAAUGUGGUGGUUCCAAUGUUUUGCAAUGCCAGUAUAGCGGUCACCGAAGAGCAGGAGGCUAAGCUUAACAAGCUACUGCGAUUGUGGGAAUCCAAGUCGAACUACUUUGACUCGGCGGUUAUAGAGAAAAUGAAGAGUCCCACCAGCUCCUACCAAGAGUACCAGAAUAACCUGAUCGCGCAGCAUUCUAAUGCCAUUGCACACUUGGCGCAGCAGACGAAGGCUACCUUUGAAAACUAUCAAACACAGCACCAAGCGUUUGUUGCGCACACAAUGCAACAGAUACAACAGAUGGAGAUGCAGAAACACGCUCUAGAGUUGAACGAACAAGAUUCCAAUAAGGACAAUCAGUCUAAUAUGCCAAAUCCAUUCCAAAGUAGCUUCAAUGAUGGUCCAAACUAUCCAAUGGGCUACAAUCAGAAUUUCGGGAAUCACCGCUAUGGCAGUGAAAGUGGAGAUAACUAUCCAUCAAACAAUAGUAUAAGUGGAAAUGAGAACAGCUAUGACAGUCAGAUGUUUGAACAGAUGAAUCAAAAGGAGGAAGAACCAGAUCUAUCUAACCUCCCGAAUGUAAACUUCUCCCAACCUCCACCUGGAUUCGAACCGGAACCGCCGGCCUUCCAGAAUGGUCUUCCCGACCUUAGUAAGCCGCCCCCAGGGUUCCUUCCUUUCCCUGAACUUAAUAAUGAAGACCUGAUGCCGUCUGUUCCUUACUUUGAGUUGCCUGCUGGUUUGAUGGUACCUCUUAUUAUGCUGGAGGACGAUAAAUAUAAGGCUUUAGAGCCAGGAAAAAUUAGAUUACCGCCGCCUGCGCCGCCAAACGAGCGGCUUUUAGCAGCUGUUGAUGCAUUCUACGCAUCGCCUAACCAUGAGAGACCGAGAGACAAUGAAGGAUGGGAGAAACUUGGUCUGUACGAGUACUACAAAGCGAAAAACGCGGCUCGAAAGAACAAAGAAGAGGCCAUUGCUGCUGGACGGCGGCAGAAGUCUCGGUCACCUUCACCGAUACCCAAAGACCUUCAAAAACAACCCACCCCACCAGGAAGGCGAUAUAGAUCUCUAAGUAAAUCGCCAGAGCCGAAGCCGGUUGUGCAGUCCCCACCGAAGUCAAAGUCAAGAUCACCCUCUCCACGACGAAGGCCCAACUGGAGGAGAGAAAGAGAUAAUCGUCGCAAGUCGCGGUCACGGUCGCGAUCGCGGUCGCGCAGUCGUUCCCGCGAGAAAGAGAGACACCGCGACACGUCGCGCGACAGAGACAGCAAGAUGCGGCGAGUCGAGCGGUCGCGAUCUCCGACACCACCUAGUUUUCUAGGAUCGACAUAUCCAAGUACAUCAGGCGGUAUAGAUUCCAGCAACAAAGGUCAUCAGUUGCUGCAGAAGAUGGGUUGGGCAGGACAAGGUGGAUUAGGGGCGGCUGGCCAAGGUAUAGCUGAACCGAUCAGCGGAGGCACAGUUCGUGAUAGGCAGGAUCAAUAUAAGGGUGUUGGAGUAAACCUCAAUGACCCGUACGAAAACUUCAGAAAGAACAAAGGAGCAGCAUUUAUAACGAGAAUGAAGGAAAGAGCGCUCGAGAGGUCAUCGUGA